GCCCCAGUUUCCUCGCCAGUGCAGCUGGCACCAUGGACACCUCACGGGCUCUGCUGCUCUUCUUGCUCCUGGCCUCGGGAGUAAGGGUCCUCGCCUUCAAAACCUCUUCUGGAAUUCAGAGAACCAAGCUCUCCUCGGACUCAGAAAGCUCUUCCCAGGGCCCGGGUUUGAAAGUUCCCUCCAUCAAACCCCCCAGCUGGAAAUUUCCAGAUCAGUCUCCAGGUUCAAAAGCUGAUAUCCCUCAUUCUGAAUGGUCUCCUGAGGUGCUGAAUUUGAAGGAUGUGCCCGGGUCCUUCCGGUACAGUGUUUCUGCUGAGAGCAAAAAGCUGAACCUGGACGCCUUCUCUGGAAUCCCGGGUUCUGAAGUAUUUCCUCAUACCUCGGGUUCUCAAGUUCCUGCUCCAAACCCGGAGCCUUCCUCCUCUGUUAAGACCCUAGCUUCCAAAAGUCAAGUCCCCUAUAAUACUAAGGUCUCUGUGGAGGCCCCAGUUUCAAAAUUCUCCCCCAAGGAUCAGGAUCUUAAAUUAUCUGCCCAGAGCCUGGAUUCCAGAGUUCCCUCAGAGGCCGACUCGGGGCGAAGCCUAGCCCCGCAAGUGGGGGGCUCUCUUGCGGUGCUGGUGGGGACCAAAAUCCAGCUCUCUCUGGUUCCAGUUCCUGGCCUUGGUCCCCCUUCCCCUGUGGUGGUUUGGCGCCAAGGUUCCAAGGUGCUGGUAGCUGGGAGUCUGGGGCCAGGGACCCCUCUGAUGAGCCUGGACCCCACAUACCAAGACCGCCUACAAUUUAACCAGACCCGAGGGAGUCUGGAACUGUCCUCUGCCCAGCUAGAGGAUGCUGGGGUCUACACAGCUGAGGUCAACCGGGUCGGCAUCUCCCGGCAGGUCUGGGAGUUCACGGUGCGUGUAUAUGAGCCCGUGUCCGAGCUGUCGGUGAAGCCUGAGGCCCCGGAGACCGAGGAGGGGGCGGCGGAGCUCCGGCUGCGCUGUGUGGGGUGGAGGCCGGGUCGCGGGGAGCUGAGCUGGACCCGGGACGGACGCGUCCUGAAGGCAGCGGACCCUGCGGGGGCGGAGCCACUCCGGAUCCGCGCAGAGGGCGACCAGCUGCUCAUCGCGCGCCCUACGCGCAGCGACCACGCCCGGUUCACCUGCCGCGUCCACAGCCCCUUCGGCCACGCGGAGGCCGCGACCAACGUCACUGUUUUCUACGGCCCGGAUAUGCCCGUCAUCACUGUCUCCUCGGACCGCGACGCCGACCCCGCCCUCUUUGUCACCGCGGGCAGCAACGUGACCCUGGGCUGCACCGCCGCCUCGCGGCCACCGGCCGACUUCGCAUGGAGCCUGGCCGACCCGGCCGAGGCCGCGGUGCCCGUCGGCCCGCGCCUCCUGCUGCCCGCGGUCCGGCCCGGCUACGGCGGCAACUACGCCUGUCUCGCAACGAACCCGCGCACCGGUCUCCGCCGCCGCUCGCUGCUCAAACUCCUGGUGGCGGAUCUGCCCCCCGGGUCCCCACAGUGCUCAAUCGAAGAGGGUCCUGGGGAUCGCAACCUCCUUUUCCGCUGCUCGUGGCCCGGCGGGGUCCCUGCCGCCUCCCUGCAGUUCCAGGGCCUCCCCAAAGGCGUCCAGGCGGGACCGGUGCCCUCUGUGCUCCUGAAGGCUGUCCGCAUCGACCCCCGGCUCAUCGGCGUCCCCGUCACCUGCCUUGCUCACCACCUGGUGACCACGCGCACCUGCACUGUCACCCCGGAGGCCCCUCGAGCCGUGCUGUUGCAUCCGAUGGUCGAGGAGACAGGGUCAGGGAAGGUGGACGUGGUGCUGCAGGCCUCUGGCUGUCCCCCCCCUUCUCGAGCAUCUUGGGCCCGGGAAGGGCGGCCCCUGUCCGCCGGAAGCCAGGGGCACUUCCGGCUCAGCCAGGAUGAGCGGAGGCUCCUCAUCGGCAACUUCAGCUUCGACUGGGACCUGGGAAAUUACUCCGUGCUGUGCAGUGGGCCGCUGGGUGCUGGGGGCGACAAGAUCACCCUCACUGGACCUUCUGUCUCCUCAUGGAGGCUGCAGGGAACCCGGGAUGCAGCAGUGCUGACUUGGGAUGUGGAGCGAGGGGCCCUGGUUAGCAGUUUCCAGAUCCAGGCACAGGUAGAGAGCCCUGACCUGACCAGAACCACCGCGUCCAAGGACUGGAUCUCCCUGCUCACCCUCGGACCUCAGGAUCGCGCAGCUGUGGUGCCGCUCCUUCCUCAGAAGCCCCAGGUCCGGGUCUUUCGUAUCCUGCCCACUCUGGGGCUCCAGCCAGGGACCCCAUCCCAAAGCCAGGUCUACCGCACUGGCCGCACCCUGGGACCCAGGGCCAUCACUGGCAUCGUCCUGGGCUCCCUACUGGGCCUGGCCCUCCUGGCAGCACUUCUCAUCCUGUGCAUCAGCGCUCUGUCCCACUUUCGAGGAGAGAAUCCUAACAAAAAGAAGCAUACUCUCAGGGUGACCCCUGUAUUAAAGAAGAUGCAGAGCGUGACUCCAGAGCAGACCCCACAGCCUCUGCCCCUUGAAGUUCCUCUGGAGGACCCUAGCCCAACCUGGGCCCACCCAGCCUCUGGUCCCAGGACAGUCAACUUUCCACGUGGGGGCCCCAAGAUUGUUCGGGCGGCCACGCAGGUGUGACCAGGGCCGGUGGCCUGCUCUGCGCAUGACUUUUGGGGCGGGACUUCCUGUUUCACCCCAGCGGCAGUAGCGGACCUCCUGUCCUGCCGUGAUCGAAGGUCGGACCGGUAACGUGGGACUUCCUGUCUCCCUCUCUCAGCGCAGAAGAAGACUCGCCUUGUGUUUGUGCAACUAAGGGGAUGGAACUCCUGGGUUAGGAGAGACUCCUGCUGAUCUAACAGUGUGGUUUGCCCAACCUUCAAGCGGUCGAGGAUCUGUGGCCGACUGUCAGGGCUUGCUGUGCUGCCCCGAGCUGGAGACGGCACCCGGCCUCCAUUCUCUGGAAAGCUCUUCCUAUGUCAACGUUUGCCUGCUUCAGGCCACGCUCCAUCCAGCUCCCAGAGUCUUCAUCUUAGAUCAGAUCGCGUUCCUCUUCUCUUUAAGCCCUUCUAUGGCUGCCCGUUGCCCUUCAGAUAUUGUCCGAACUCCUCAUCAUGACCUUCAAAGUCUUGUGGUUUGGCCUCUGUCAGCCUCUCUGACCUUCCCUUCCAGAAAUUUCACCCCUGCUUCUCUCCACCAUACUUAAGUUUGCCUCCAGGCCUUUGCUCCCAGAGUGGGCUGUGCCCGGAGCAGCAUUCUUUGCUCUACGUCAUUCAUUUUUCAAGUGUAAAGGUAACCGUUACCAUCUUAGAGGACCCUUCCCUAACCCUUUCCUUCCCCCAUGACCGUAACAUGCCUCAGUCAUGGGUUAGGUCCCAGAGGUCCUGAACCUCCUGCUCCUUGUACUUAAAUACAUAAUUAUUUGUUUA